AUGAGGCUCAUCUCGCGUCAGUGGACUCUUCUGGCCGUCGUCAUGGUGGCACUCAAUGUGACAUCCUGUAUUGAGGCCAAGAUGACACCCAAGCCCAAGUACCAGUACACCAAGAAGCCUGUCUCUCAGGUCACGGUACACAACCCCGGGAUGCCCGGCCCACCAAAGCCUAAGACGGGCAGCAACCCUGCGGAGCUUCUUCACCCGCUGCCCACCUACCCCAGUCAUGUUUUUCCUCAGGCCCACACCGUGAGCACGGAGCACCCCAGUGUAGGUCCUGACAACUACACACUGGAUUACAACGAGUGUUACUUCAACUUCUGCGAGUGCUGUCCACCUGAGAGAGGCCCCCAAGGGCCAAAGGGAGACGGUGGCCCAGCAGGGCCACCAGGGGAAAGAGGCUUUACCGGAGCAGUUGGCUCACCUGGACCGAAGGGUGCGAGUGGUCCUAGGGGAGUCAAAGGAGACAAAGGGGAAAAGGGUGAAAGAGGAAACACUGGCCCAGCUGGAUACCCUGGAGUUAUGGGGAAACCAGGGCAAAAAGGUGAUGGUGGCCUAAAAGGACAGAAAGGUGCGACAGGUGUGCAAGGCGUCAAAGGCGAAGGAGGGCAGAAAGGCGAACAUGGACAGAAUGGAAACGCUGGUGAGAAAGGAGAACCAGGAAAAGAGGGGCCGACUGGACCCCCCGGAGUAACUCUUGGUCCUAAAGGAGAUAAGGGUGAUAAGGGAGAGUGUGGGACAUUUGGGGAGAGAGGGUCAAAAGGUGAUCGCGGAGACACUGGCUCUCCGGGAAUUCCGGGAGUGAUGGGAAUCCCCGGAAUCAACGGCAAGCACGGGGCUCCGGGUCCCAUCGGUGUCCGUGGGGAUCCUGGACCACCUGGAGCGCAGGGAGAAUCCGGGGUGAGAGGGGCACAGGGACCACAAGGUGUUCGAGGGGUUCAGGGGCCAAAAGGGGAUAGAGGUUACCACGGAAUGAGAGGGGAGCGGGGAAUGCGUGGCUUCAAAGGAGCGAAGGGUUCAGGCGUCCCCCAGAAACGGUCUGCCUUCAGUGUGGGCAUCUCACCGAGGAAGUCCUUCCCUCCGUCCGGCUUCCCAAUCCGCUUUGACAAAGUGUUCUACAACGAAGACAACCACUUCAACGUCACCAGCAACAGCUUUUCGUGCGUCUACGCCGGCGUGUACGUGUUCUCUUUCCACAUCACUGUACGAAAUCAACCCCUACGUGCAACGCUGGUGGUGAAUGGCUCGCGGCGGGUGAGGACACGGGACUCGCUGUACGGCCAAGACAUCGACCAGGCGUCCACUCUGGUGGUGCUUCGUUUGGCGGCGGGUGAUCAGGUGUGGAUGGAGACCCUCAGAGACUGGAACGGCGUGUACGCCAGCAGUGAGGAUGACAGCAUCUUCUCCGGAUUUCUACUUUACUCACCCUGA